GAAAUAGAUGUUCACAUAACUUCCAAUUGAUUUUAUCACUUUUCUAUUAUAGUAAAAACAUUUUAAUGAAUCAAGAUCCUUAUUGUCCACCAGAAGAUGUUGAAUUACGUAUUGAAGCUUUAAGUAAAAAAUUAUUCAACUUGAAUUCAUCAAAUGAUAAUCAAUGGAAAACCUAUCGUUUUCAAAAUAAUGAUGAAAAAUAUAAAAUGUUUACCGCGUGUAUCACCGAGUUUAAACAUCAUAUUGCCAAUAGUUACCUUCAUGAAAUUAAUUCUAUGGAAGAUUUAAUUCAAUAUUUUAUGACACCUGUUGAAACACCAGAUUUUUUAUAUAAAUUAACAUUAGAUGCAAAAAAUAAUGUUUGUAAAUUACCAUCUAAUUUAAAUAUACAAUUAGAACCAGUACGUUAUAAUCCAAAUGAAGAUCAUUUUUUCAAAGCUAAUGCUUAUCCUGGUCGUUCAACAAUUGUUAGUAAUUUAGCUGCUACUAGAAAAUAUCCAAGUUAUCGUGUUAGUCGUUUAAAACGUAUUCGAGUUGAAUAUGAAGAUAUGUAGUCAAGAUAUCUUUUGAUUGUUUUGUAUAUAUUUAUAUAGGCAUAGUGUAACUUAUGUACCAAUGUAAAUCUGUAUAUCCAAUGUAUUGUUUUCAAUGAAAAUAUACUUUAAUAAACUAUAUGAUAAAGAUUUUCUUUUGUUUUUGUUUGACUUUUGUGUUGUUUUAACGUUGUGAUCAUAGACACCUCCGACGGAGUGAGGGAAUACUACCACCUCUCUCAAUUGUUCCAUUCAAGUAGUAGGGUUAGACAGGGCUGCCCAAUUUCACCAUUCCUCUUCAACUUCGCCAUCGAUGACAUUCUGGAAACAGCUCUGAAGGAUGUAAGUAGUGUGUGUGUGUGAAUGCCCAAGCUAUGCAAUCUGC